GUGCACUGCGCGCCCCAUGAUGUUCCUAACAGCUGACAGACGGUGAAAGCCACUAGCAGAUCUGUCUGUUGUGUGGAGAGAAGACUCGCUAAACAACGGUCUUAAACCCCAUGUCGAUAGACUUUUCAACCACCUCCAUUCAUCGACCAUAUUUACUGGAUUAAAAGAGAAGAAGAUCCCUUCGAUCAGCCUCCAGUUCGGAAGCUGGGGGACAUUCGCUCGGUCAGGUGCUGGGGCUGCUGCAUAUGUCGGAUUUGAUCCAUUGACUCUUCGACUCCAGCCCUCCCAGCCGAGCCCAAAUGCCGAGGAAUGGAUAGUGUGUCUACUAUCGGUGGGAAUAUGGUCGAGAGUGGCGAGAAGCCAGAGAGGGACGGUGGCGGAGGGGGCGACGCAGCCAUGGCCGCGCUCCACCAGUGCGAACUGAUCCAGAACAUGAUAGAUAUCUCCAUCUCCAGCUUACAGGGGCUCAGGACCAAAUGCGCCGCGUCCAACGACCUCACGCAGCAAGAAAUCCGCACACUGGAGGUGAAGCUGGUGAAAUACAUCUGUAAACAGCUGCAGUGCAAGCUCAAAGUGCCAGAGACCGAGAGGCCCGACGACCUGGACAGCUAUCCACGCUUGCGAGACUGGCUCCGCACCAUCAACUUACGGCCAGAACUCAUCAAGGCAGUGGAAGCAAAGUUCUCCCUGGAUGCCUUACUGCAGAUGGCAGGAACUCAGGUGAGGGACACAAUGCGAAGGCUUGGCUUCACUUCCGAAGAAUGUGCCCGACUAAGUGCUGCCCUCUCCUGUCUCAAGAGUGUAACUGAAGCCGGAGGUGAACUGAAGGAAGACAGCACAACUUGGUUGUCUGAGCCCACCAGGAGGGACAGCGGUUCUCUGCUGACUGCAGAUCAGCUUUCUAGCCUUGGAAACCCACUGCGGCCGCUCAGCCCCUCGCCUCUCGCCCGCCCAUCCACCAUCCAUUCUACACCGUCCACCCCCUGCACGACUUUUCCUCAUCCCCGCUCCGGCUCGGUGUCAGCGGUUUCCACGCCCGAGGCACAGACGCCGCACCUCCAUGGUGAAAGUCCCCUCACGAGCGCAUUCCCCGUGUCCUUAGCUCGCUCUGGCCGUCUCCAUGGACACACUUCCACACCGCCCGUAACGCCACCAUCCAAGCGGCGACACCGACUGAAGCCUCCGUGCACGCCACCGCCUCCGUCCCGCAAAGUGCUCCAUCUGCUCCCCAACAUCACCCUCACACGCAGCAAAAGUCACGAAUCGCAGUUGGGCAAUCGCAUCGAAGACCCACUGGCCAACAAAUGUGUCAAAAAGAACAAAAUCCUCUUGAAUAUGCAAGUCAAUGGGAACGGACAUGAGGACACGCCUUGUCGCUACCCCGCUGUUCCUGUACGGACCCCGGGGCUGCCCCCAGCUGCAACCACCAUGCCUUAUACCCUUCCUGGUACACCAACCCUGUUGGAAGAGCAUAGCAUCAUUAAGAAUAACAAACCAGUUCACCGCAGCUCUCCACAAGCUGUGAGGAGAGACAUCGGCCUUGCAGUCACACACAGGUUCUCCACCAAGUCUUGGCUCUCUCAGACAUGUCAAGUGUGUCAGAAGAACAUGAUGUUUGGGGUUAAGUGCAAACAUUGUCGAUUAAAGUGCCACAACAAAUGCACAAAGGAAGCGCCAUCUUGCAGAAUCUCUUUUCUUCCAAUUGCCAAAAUUCGGAGGACAGAGUCUGUGCCAUCUGAUAUCAACAACCCAGUGGAUCGUCCUUCCGAAGCUCCCCAGUUUGGUACGCUACCAAAGGCCCUUACCAAAAAGGAUCAUCCCCCCAUCCUGAACCAGCUCGACUCCAGCAGUAAUCCGUCCUCCACGACCUCGUCCACACCCUCCUCCCCGGCACCUUUCCAGCAGAGUAACCCUCCAAGCGCCACGCCGCCUCCCAACCCAUCGCCCAAAGGCCAUCGGGACAGCCGCUUCAACUUCCCAGCUGCCUGCUACUUUCAGCAUAGACAGCAGUUUAUCUUCCCCGACGUCUCCAGCCCCGCUACUUUCCAUACCGAUAUUCUCCAAGACACAGUCAGUGAAAUUGAGCAAUCAGAAGAGGACCUACAUGCUGAUUUGGUUGAAGAUGAAGAUGAGGAGGCAGGGGAGGACAACAUUGAGGUCGAAGAUGAAGACCCCGAACUGGAUGAGGACAAUGAGGAGGAAGAGGAAGAGAUGUGCGAUGACGGGGAGGGCGAGGAGGACGGCGAGGAGAUCCGGAUGAACAUGGGCUCCGACGGCGAGUGCGAAGGUGACAAGUUAGACGAUCUGCCCUGCUCGCGGGGGAACCAAUGGAAGGUCCCCAUCUCCCGCAAAGCCAGCCAGACCAGUGUCUACCUGCAAGAAUGGGACAUCCCUUUUGAGCAGCUGGACCUUGGAGAACUCAUAGGAAAGGGCCGCUGGGGCAAGGUGCAUAAAGGUCGAUGGCACGGCGAGGUGGCGAUCCGACUUCUUGAGAUCGAUGGGAACAAUCAGGACCACCUGAAACUCUUUAAAAAGGAAGUGAUGAACUACAGGCAGACCAGACAUGAGAAUGUGGUGCUCUUUAUGGGUGCUUGCAUGGCCCCGCCCCACUUGGCCAUCAUCACUAGUUUCUGUAAAGGGAGGACACUGUAUUCCGUUGUGAGAGAUACUAAAAACACUUUGGAUAUUAACAAGACCAGACAAAUAGCCCAGGAGAUUGUCAAGGGAAUGGGAUAUCUGCACGCUAAAGGAAUUGUCCACAAAGACUUGAAGUCAAAGAACGUUUUUCAUGACACCAACAAGGUUGUAAUCACAGACUUUGGCCUUUUUGGGAUUUCAGGUGUUGUUCAGGAAGGGAGGCGUGAGAAUCAACUCAAACUUCCACAUGGCUGGAUUUGUUACCUUGCGCCGGAAAUAGUGCGAAAGAUGAGUCCAGGUAACAACGAGGACCGACUUCCUUUCUCCACUGCGGCGGAUGUGUACGCCUUUGGCACCAUUUGGUACGAGCUCCAAAUAAGAGACUGGCCAAUCACCAACCAGCCUGUGGAAGCAACCAUCUGGCAGGUGGGCAGUGGAGAAGGUAUUAAAAAUGUCCUGUCAGAGAUCAGCUUGGGAAAGGAGGUCACGGAGAUCCUCUCGGCCUGCUGGGCUUACGACCUGCGGGAGCGGCCCCCUUUCACACAGCUGGCUGACAUGCUGGAGAAGCUACCCAAACUCAACCGCAGGCUCUCUCACCCGGGACACUUCUGGAAGUCAGCAGAGUUGUAGCGGCAAACAUAAGCAAUGCAACACAAAGCCUGGGUCUGCCUUGCAUGCUCCCGAAUCCUUAUUGCCCACAGGAUUGUUCAAAGCAUUGCCUCGAACGCACUCUACUUACACGCACGCACGCACGCACACGCGUCUUUUCUUUCCACUCAGUUGUCUUGUUUGAAGAGAGAGCAUCAGUGGACUGAAGUGUAGCACAUAUUUUCUCCUCCCUUUUCUUUUGGGUUACUCUGAGGCUUGUUGUUGUGAGCACACCAUUUAGAUAAAGGCACACAUGCUCUCUCUCGCUCUGUCUCUCUCUCUCUCUGUCUCUCUCUCUCUCUCUCUCUCUCUCUGUGACACACACACACACAGGCAGACAGAACAUGAAAUGCACCAAGAAACCCUUAGUCGAUCUCACUUGCGUGAUGUGCCCGAAGCCUCUCAGUUCAUUCAGCUCCAUUUUUGCAAAAGGUCCUAUUUUUAUUUACAGGAUGUUUUUUUUAUUUUCUGUAAUUUGGUGAACGUACUGAUGCAAUGUUUUGUGGCAUUUAUUUUAACAACAACAAAAUUCCAUUCUUUGUUCCGUGCUAAUUUGGUAACCCGUCCCUCCACACAUUUACUCAUUGAUUGCUUAAGCAUUUAAUUACAUAUCCCACCGCCCAUCCAAUUCAUUCAACAUCGUCCCAGGGAAAGGAAAACAGCACACACUGGAAAUUAUUUAUUUAUUAUUAUUAUUAUUUUUUUAAAAGAUGUGAAAAAGUGCACCUUAUAAGAAUAUUAGUUAUUUGAAGCAGCUAAGUGGGAAAAAAAAUUGGGAACCUGAAAAAGUGUCCUAUCUUCCUUAAACAUUUCUCUUGUUUGUUUGUUUUUGCCGCCUGUGAGUGUGGAACAUGCUGGAUUAAUUAGUUUCGUGUCGCAAAUCUGUUGGUAAGUACUGUAAAUACAUUAUUUAAUGUACAGCAAUUUAUGAUGAUCCUACAUUUGUACAAAGAUUUUCUAUAUAAAAGGCAUCACCACAUUUGGGGGAAUACGGCCCGCUUCUGCCGAUACAGAUGUGUCUAUAUAUUUAUAUUUUUGUCAUGUAUAAAGACUGUA